AUGCUGGCGUCGUUCGUACACGUCCUCCUCGCUUUCUUGUCAACUAUAAGCCUAGCUUCCAGCUCGAGCAGCAGCGAACAAGAACAAUUCAAGGAUGUAGAGUGGGACGACGACAACUGGAUAAUAUCGACACGUGCCUUGGAUCAAGGCCACUACCAAUCUCGCUUGACUCUUGCCAACGGCUAUUUCGGCAUUAACGUCGCUUCUGUCGGGCCUUUCUUCGAGGUUGACAAGCUCGUCGCUGGUGAUGUCAUCAGCGGGUGGCCGCUCUUUAGCAAACGACAGACCUUCUCAACGAUCGCGGGCUUCUGGAACAGCCAGCCUCGAACAUACGGUACAAAUUAUCCUUGGCUGUAUCAGUAUGGUUGGGAGAGCUUCGUUGCCGGCAUACCACAUUGGAGCGGGCUUCAAAUUGAGGCGAAUGGAGAAAUGCUGAACGCAUCGGUCAAUCCUGAGCACGUCGCUGAUUUUGUCUCAAGUCUUGAUGUAAAGGCUGGUAUCGCAAGGUGGCGUUAUUAUUGGAAACCCGGUGGUUCCGAAAAAGAUGCCAUUGAUGUGGAUUUCGAAAUGUUCGUGCACAAGCUUCACGUCAACAAGGCGGCUGUUAGGCUGCGGCUCACAGCGACGCAUGAUGUUAAUGUCACAGUUUACGAUGUACUCGAUGGCGAUUGUGCUGUUCGCUCAGAGUUUGUUGACAAAAGGUUUGAGGAAGAUUCACCAACCAUUUGGUCGGCUGUCCGGCCAGGCACCAUCGACGAUGUUACAGCUUACGUCUAUUCGACACUGUCUGGCAGCGACUGGAUCAACUUUGAAACUCGUAAGCAAGUCGAAGGAGGGAUUUUCAAUGAGGGGAAUGGUUCAACGAUCGCGCAAUCUGUGAAAGUACUGCUCACAGCCUGGCGACCAACUGAGCUGAACAAAUUCGUCGGUAUUGCAUCGACGGACGCUUUUUCCGAUCCACAAGCUAUCGCAGAGGAUGCCUCGAAAUCAGGUGCUAAAGAGGGCUACUAUUCACUGUUGCAUUCGCACAUCGAGGAAUGGGAAUCUAUACUAAACCCGGAUUCGGUGGACAACUAUUAUCUACAGAACGGCUCACUUCCCGAAGAUGCAAACAUUCAAGAGCUUCACAUCCUAGCCCGUACGAACCCAUUCUAUUUGCUCUCGAAUAUGGUUGGGCCCAAUGCCGUCGCUACAGCUGGCAACAAUACGCAUCUGAACAUUUAUAGCGUUCCUGUUUGCGGUCUGGGCUCUGACUGCUACGGAGGGAUGAUCUUCUGGGAUGCUGAUGUGUGGAUGGCGCCCGGCAUUCAAGUCUCACACCCGCAACACGCUCAGAACAUCAUUAACUACAGGGUUGAGCACUUCGAAGAAGCGCAGAGAAAUGUAGAGACAGCAUUCACGUCGAGCAAAAAUCAGACCGGAAGAUUUACACCUGGUGGGGCAGUCUAUCCUUGGACCAGUGGCCGGUUCGGAAACUGCACAGGAACCGGUGCUUGCUUCGACUACGAAUACCAUCUUAACGGUGACAUCAGUUUGGCGUUCAACAAUCACCUGAUUAUCACUGGUGAUCAAGAAUAUUUCAACGACACCUUACUACCCAUCUCAAAUGCCAUUGCCCACUUCUUCGGACAAGUGUUAGACUUCAACGAGACGUCAGGCGCAUUUGAGCUUUGGAAUGCAACAGAUCCUGACGAAUACGCUAAUCAGGUCAACAAUCCUGGCUAUACGACUGCGCUCAUCCAACGACAUCUGCUCGAAACAAACGAAUUUAACAAGUUGCUUGGAUUGAAGCCUAACAAGACCUGGUUGGACAAAGCUACAAAGAUGAAAAUUCCUACCAACGAAAAUGCCGGUAUCAUCGUGGAGUAUGCAGGCAUGAAUGGGUCGGUAGAGGUGAAACAGGCAGACGUUGUUCUUGUCGACGAUCUACUGCACUAUCCGAACCCAUACAGUCUGUCCAACCUUGAUUAUUACGCCGCAAAGCAGUCGUUAGAUGGACCAGCCAUGACGUAUUCUUCUUUUGCAGUCGUUGCAAACGAGGUUUCCCCUUCGGGAUGCUCGAGCUUCACGUACAAUUUAUAUUCCUCGUCGCCGUACGUGCGCGCACCGUGGUACCAGUAUUCGGAGCAACUGAUCGACAACGCUCAACAGAACGGAGGUACCCAUCCCGCGUACCCUUUUUUGACCGGUAUGGGCGGCACUAAUCGCGUCGCUAUCUUCGGAUACCUGGGUCUCGGCCUGUACUACGACAGAUUAGAUAUUGAUCCUUCACUACCACCACAAAUUAAGUAUCUCGACUAUCGAACAUUCUAUUGGAAGGGCCAUGGGAUCAAUGCCACGUCCAACACCACUCAUACAAUACUCGCCCGUUUACCACGAGGCCAGUACACACUCCCGACCGUCGAUACUUCUUACUUCCUCAAGCCUAUUCCAGUCACAGUUGGUACCCGCAGCGGUCGCAAUAAUACGACGUAUGAGCUUGGCAAUGCACCUCUUAUCAUCCGCAACCGUCCGAUGGGCAGGACACUGACAGUUACUGGCAACAUUUUGCAAUGCGGUACUCUUCUUCCACCUCCUCAAGGUAACAAGCCUGGCCAAUUCCCCAUCGCAGCAAUCGAUGGCGCAGCGAGUACCAAGUGGCAGCCUGAGUUCUCCAAUGUUACCAGUUUCCUAACUGUGGACCUUGGCGACGUGUUGUUCUACCCAACCACCAAGAUUGCGAUGGAUUGGGGUAAUCAGCCACCUUCGCACUUCGAGAUAUACUUCAGCAACUCAUCAUUGCCACCAUUUUCUGCGCAAGCUCCGAUGGAUGACGUCAGGAACGUCACAGCAGCUGAUGUGCAAAUUAGCGCGCCAUGGGACCCUGUGACCGCGUACGAGAUCAAGACGUACGUAGGAAACCAGACAAAUAUUACAUUGAGUGCGAGUGUCUGGAGCGGUCGAUUUGCGCAUCUAGCUGUAACAGGGAACCAACACAGCGCUAAUACAAUAGAUGGCGGAACAGUAGCGGAGUGGAAUAUUAUCAAAGACACCUAA